UCUCAGCCCGCCAAAAAUAAAACAUAAAAACCCAAAAAAGGAAAUUUUAUUUUGGAAUCCCUCCAAUUUUUCCAAAUUCAAAACCCGCCCUAUAAGUCCCAGUCUUCCAGUCUCACCCAUUUUCCAUCUCCCUCCAAUUUUCAAUACCCAAAAUCCAUCUUCCCGAUUUCUCUCCAUGGCCGACUACGAGCCUCCAUCAUUCUCUCUCGGACUCGACCUAGGUUUUGAUUCGCAGCUCCAACCAGCUGCCGCGAACCACUCCACACCCACCGCAGCUGCAAACCCUUCGCGAGGUUCCAAUGCCCAUACACCCGUUGAGGUAGAUGAGGAGUUCGAGCCUCAAAUCACGGGCCUGGAUCCAGAUCCUGGGUCCCGACCCGGCCGACCGCUCAAGCGGCUCAAGAGAGGGGUGGCUGAGAAGCGGGAACCUACGCCGGCGACGCCGUGUCGUAAUGUUGACGACGAUAUCGAAGAUUUCUCUCCUGGGGAAGAUUUUGUUCAAGCAGAUGUGCAUCCGUCAACACAAUACCAUACUGUAUCUAGUAGUUCAAAGGUCCUAUUACGUGGAAGUGGGGUUUUAACCUCUCAAUCAUCCUGCCAUAGCAUGGGAAGGAAAAGGAAACCAGUUUCAGAUGUCUCAGCUUCUGUGAGUCUGGAGGAAAGCCACAAAGGAUUCAUGUUUCCGAAGUUAACUGCCAGUCCUCUUCGAAGGUUCCAAUUAAUUGAUUCCGAUUCUGAUGAUCCUUCACCCAGUGAAAGUGUGAGCAGGGUUAAUUGUGAUGUUGAUGCAUCCUCAAAGAAGCAAAAGUAUAGUUCUGCCCAUGCUGCAACUACUAGCGAAACAAAGAAGAAAUCUUCUAUGAGUAUGCCUGUAGAUGUGGAUUUAUGGAAAGAUUUCAGUCCGAUCAAGAAGUUUAGCAUUCCAACACCUGCUUUAGAUGAGGUAUGUAAGGAGUACCUGCGAUCUGGAAAGGAUAAGUCUGCUCAGAACUUUGAGAGGAUUUCAUGUUUACAUACCAAUGAGAAUUUUCAUGAAACAAUGCCUGGUGGCCAAGAUUUUGAACAACUCUGGAAUAUGGCUGAUCCCCUUCCACCCGCUCAUCGUUACUUUUUUCAUGAUGAUCCAAAGAUUCGGAAAUUAGUCUGCAGUCGCUUGCCGAAUUUUUUCCCACUCGUUAACAUCAGAGGAAAUCAGCAGUGGUGCAUCAGUAAUUGGGGUCAGUUUAGCAAUGGAGAUGCUUCAAAACAGAGAGUGAGUCAGAAGAUUGACCUUGAAAAAAGCUCUAAUAGGCAAAGAAAUAAAUCAAACGUACCAAGUGUUGAAGAUGCUUCUGGAAGCUGGGUGAACCCAAAAGAUGGUAAACUAGCACAGAAAGUUAGUGUCAAUAAAAGCUCAAAAAAGGGAAGAAUUAAGUCAGGAAAAUCAAAUGUUGGAACAGUCGAGCAUGCUUCUGGAAACUGGGUGGAACCCAGAAGCUGCGUCAGUACAAAGCGGGUUCAAGCAAAUGCUCAACCUUCUAGUCAAUGGGAUGCGUUUGGUGGAAGUGGGCAAGCUGCUGGUUAUUGGUAUACCGGCCCUGGUGGAAGGAAGGUUUAUCGUUGCAAAACCGGGCAGGAAUUGAGUGGUUCGGCAGCCUACAGACAGUAUAAGAAGGAAAGUGGACGUUCUGUGCAAACCAAAAAACCAAAACCAAAACCAAAAAAGAAAAAUGUUCCCAAGAAGAGGUGAGGCUGACAGUUAAUGACCAUGUACCAAAAGUAUUUCUGUACCAUUUCUUGUCCAUAAUUUUACUAUCCGGAAUCUUCAUUUACUCUUUGUGUGAACGUUUAUUUCCGGAAAUAAAAAAGAGAUAUUUGUGUUUUCAUAA